AGCCUCCGAGGGUUAUAUCUUAGCGACGCGGGAAGUCCAGACGCCAGAACUGUCUGAAGAGGAGACCUGAGAAGGAGGGUCGGGCACCAGCGGAGGCGAUGGCGGAGAGGCCUGAGGACCUAAAUCUGCCCAACGCCGUCAUUACCAGGAUCAUCAAGGAGGCGCUCCCGGACGGUGUCAACAUCUCCAAGGAGGCCCGAAGCGCCAUCUCCCGCGCCGCCAGUGUCUUCGUUUUGUAUGCCACAUCCUGUGCCAAUAACUUCGCAAUGAAAGGAAAGCGCAAGACUCUCAAUGCUAGUGAUGUGCUGUCAGCCAUGGAAGAGAUGGAGUUCCAGCGGUUCAUAACACCAUUGAAAGAAGCUCUAGAAGCAUAUAGGCAGGAGCAGAAAGGCAAGAAGGAAGCUUCGGAGCAAAAAAAGAAGGACAAAGACAGAAAAGAUUCUGAAGAGCAAGACAAAAGCAGGGAGGAGGAGGAUGACGAUGAAGAAAGACUGGACGAGGAAGAACAGAACGAGGAGGAGGACGUAGACAACUGAAUGGAGAGAGACUGUGGCACGGUGGAAGGGACCCUGAGGGCCUGAGAUGUGUUUAUGUGAAGACUCUCCCUGCAAGGCAGAGCCAUUUUUGGCACUGGUGCCCGAGAUCAAAAUAAAAAACUGACCAGAAAGAUCAGCUCUUCCCAGACUCCGAGCAUCUGAGUUACAGAAACCUGUUUUGCUCCUCAGUCUGCAGGUUAUGACUUUUUAGUAUGAGGGAUUCUGAAUGACUACAUAGUUUGGUGUUGCUUGUUUACUUAAAGUAUAUGGCUAGCUAGUUUUUGAUCCCAUUUCCCUGCCUCUCCAAAAAGUUAUAACAUCCGUGUUGCCUGCUGUGUUCCAAGUCACAGAGGCACUAAAGGCUCAGGGGGGAAAAUGGGGCUUUGAUCAUGGUCACCUGUUUGUACAGUAAUUGGCAAUAGGUAUUAAUGCUCAGAAUGGUUGCUCUUUAGAAAACAACUAAGAGAAUAAGGAAAUCUCUGCACUUGGUGGUAGCAUUGCUUACUUGGUUUCUGGCUUUUGAGACUUACUUAGCUUUGUAGUCCUUUAUUGACUCUAGAUGCUCAGUCGUCCGGGGUGGCUACACUCCUAUGACAUAUACUCUUAAAUUCUGAGUGUUGAUUAGAACCUGUCAAGAAAGGGUGCCAAUUCUUAAAAGCAGAUGGCUUAAUCUUGGAGGUAACUCAGUGCCUGCCACUGUAGGACCUAGUGCCGCCUCCUGGAAGGUAGUAAAAUCCCAGAUUUCCUCUUUAGUCCAUCUCCCAGACUGUGGCUGCUGCUUUUCAUUCCCUGAAUUCAUAACAGGUUCCAGAGACUUCAUCUCCUCCAGGCAUAGCCUGUUCUGUCUCCAUCUCUCCCGCCUCUGCUUCCCAGACCUUCUUUCCCCUCUUAUUUCAUCUUCUAGUCUAAGGACUUUGAUAACCUGUGUCAUAUCCCAAAGUACAAGGUUCUCAGAUUUCUUAGUCUUAAUCUCCUGUCUUUUUAAAGAGAAUUGGGAAACACUUCUGAACCAUAAGGUUAGAGAAAUGGUGCUCAGGAAUGCAGCACCACUGCUGUAGCUUUGAACUGUUAGCCUUUCCUUUCCCUAGUUAGUGCCCCAAGCACUUUUCCUAUCUUGUUGUGCACUUGAGGCUGGCAGGUGAUGUAAUAUAGUUGGAUACUGUUUACUAGUCAGGGAAAUACAGGGAAGAGUUUGUUGAAAGUGACUGGAGACUGUUGAGAAGAUUUUAAUGCUUUCUAUAAAUAAAGAACAUUCUUGUUUAAAAUGA